AUGUGCAAAUACACCUACCUCUACUACUUCUGCGGCUGCGACUACUACAUCGUCUGGGAUGGCAGCGAGUCCUGCGCCAACAGAUCGCUGAGCGGCUACUCUGUCGAUAUCUGGUCGAUCGACAUGUGCAGCAGUAAGGAAGCCGAAUGUUUGGGGCGGAGUCGAUAUGUGUGUGCGGAAUGUGCGGAGGAUCAUACGUUGGAGUAUGAACUCGAGGAGUGA